AAUCGACAUCACACGGCUGUCAUGGUUGUUUUAAAGGAUUUCUACAGUAGGAUUUUCCUCCUCUGAUUCAGCGCACAUACACGAGCCUCUCCGCGUGCAGAGGCUCCCGACCAGCUGUGCGGCGCGGCACUACCUCCCGGAUGAACGGCGACAGGAGGAUGGCACUGCGUUGGACGGUCUCUGUGUUUGUCCUCGGUGGUCUAUUAAGAUUUUAAUUAGCUGAUAACACACAGUUGACUUAUACGACGGACUCGGUGUGGGAGCAACGAUCGUGGCGCCACGCUGAUUAUGGAAAAGAAGCCCAGCAGGAACAGGAGGAGGGAUAUCAUCUUGCAGCUUUAUCCCUGUACUAUACGGUUUGCUUGCCUGCUGCUGUCCAGGUUUAAAGACCUCUGAUCACAUUGGCUCUGAGGCCAGACAGGAAGCCACCCAGGCAUCAGGAGAAGGGGGACCAGCAGACUGAAAUAACCUCUUACUACACCCACACUGCUUCACCCAUAACACUCCAUCACCACCACCAUGUCUAUACCCAGCAGUAGCCCAGAAAGAGAGGGAUCUACUGGGGUUCACCCUCAGCUAGAGUGUCCUUCCUCCCCUACGGGAUUGGAGCCAGAUCCGUUGUCAACAGGCAGCCCUGUGCUCAGCCCAGACUCCUCUUCCCAUGAUGCACUGCUGUCAGCACCAGCAGCCUCCCCGGCAGACUCAGAGAAUCUAAGUCCUGAUGAGCUGGAGCUGCUGGCCAAACUGGAGGAGCAAAACAGGUUACUAGAGGCUGAUUCCAAGUCCAUGCGGUCCAUGAGUGGUUCCCGGCGCAACAGCGGCUCCUCGCUGGUGUCCAGCUCCUCAGCUUCCUCCAACCUGUCACACCUGGAGGAGGAUACCUGGAUUUUGUGGGGACGCAUCGUCAACGAGUGGGAGGAGUGGAGACGCAAAAAGGAUAAACUCCUGAAGGAGUUGAUCAGAAAAGGAAUCCCUCAUCAUUUCCGCGCUAUUGUCUGGCAGCUGCUGGGUAAUGCCACUGACAUGCCAGUAAAGAACCAGUACUCUGAGCUGCUGAAGAUGUCGUCCCCAUGCGAGAAGCUCAUCCGCAGAGACAUCGCCCGCACCUACCCUGAGCACGAGUUCUUCAAAGGCCAGGACAGCCUGGGUCAGGAAGUCCUCUUCAAUGUGAUGAAGGCAUACUCUCUGGUGGAUCGAGAGGUGGGCUACUGCCAAGGCAGUGCAUUCAUUGUAGGUCUGCUGCUUAUGCAGAUGCCCGAGGAGGAGGCGUUUUGUGUUUUCGUGCGUCUGAUGCAGGAGUACCGUCUGAGGGAGCUGUUCAAACCCAGCAUGGCUGAACUGGGCCUCUGUAUCUACCAGUUUGAGUAUCUGCUACAGGAACAACUCCCAGAGCUGAACGUCCAUUUUCGAUCCCAGAGUUUCCACACAUCUAUGUACGCCUCGUCAUGGUUCCUUACUCUUUUCCUCACCUUUCUCCCUCUGCCUGUGGCCACACGGAUCUUUGAUAUAUUCAUGUAUGAGGGCUUAGAGAUUAUCUUCCGUGUGGGCCUGGCUAUCCUGCAGUACAACCAGACUGACCUCAUUCAGCUGGACAUGGAGGGCAUGUCACAGCAUUUCCAGAAGGUGAUCCCCCACCAGUUCGACAGCUGCCCAGACAAGCUGAUCCUCAGGGCCUACCAAGUUAAAUACAACCCCAAGAGGAUGAAGAAACUUGAGAAAGAAUACACCACAAUCAAGAACAAAGAAAUGGAGGAACAAAUUGAGAUCAAGAGAUUACGCACAGAAAACAGGCUGCUGAAGCAGAGGAUCGAGACAUUGGAGAAGGGUCAGGUGACACGGGCGCAGGAAGCCGAGGAGAACUACGUGAUCAAGCGGGAGCUGGCGGUAGUGAGGCAACAGUGCAACACUGCCAGUGAGAGUCUGGAGAAAGCACAGGACACCAUCAGAGAGCUGCAGCAACAAAGGUACACAGACCAGUUUGUGAACAACCUGCAGACUCAGCUGGAGCAAUCCAGACUGCGCGAGGCCGAACUGCUUGGAGCUCUGAAGGAAAUGCAAGACAAGGUCCUUGACCUGGAGAAGAUGAACAACUGCCUGCCCGAUGAGAACAACUUGGCAGCUCUGCAGGAGGAGGUGAAGCAGAUGAAGCUGCGGGAGCUUGAGACAAUGCGCUCUUUUAGAGAGAUGCAGGACACCGUCACUGAGCUUAACCAGCGCUGGCAGCACCACAUGUCCAGAGGCAGCAGCACAGGUGGAGGUGGCGGCCACUGGAAAGAAUCCCCGAAGAAGAACGCCAUGAAUGAGCUGCAGGACAAACUGAUGACAGUCAGGCUGAGGGAGGCACAGGCACAGGCUGAGCUUCGAGAGGUCAAACUUAAAGCCCUGCAGCUGGACAGCCAGAACCAGAUCCACAGUAAGCUGAUCGGUCGUAACGAGCAAGAGCGCUCAGCCCUGCAGGACCGGCUCCAGAUGCUGGCCAAUCAGAACAAAGCACUCCAGGCUCAACUCAACGAGAUGAAGAGAAAGCAGUCCGAGUUGGACUGCAAGAGUAAAGAGGAGGUGAUGGCAGUGCGGCUGAGAGAAGCAGACAGUAUGGCGGCCAUGGCUGAACUCAGGCAGAAGGUCGCUGACCUCGAGAUACAGAAAGAGGAGGGGCUGAUCCAGGGUCAGCUGAACCACUCAGAUUCCAGACAGUACAUCAACCAGCUCAGGGACCAUAUCACUGAGCUCAAGAACGAGGUCAGGCAGUUGCGGGGGCAGAAGGCGACCCCCAGCUCCAGGGUCACCGGCGGAGGUGGAAGCAACUAUCAGGACCUCUGCCUGGCCAGCCCUGCCUCCGCAGAGGGGGACUACCUGAGCUCAGACGACGACCUGCUCCCCAGCCCGCUACCUGCUAAUGCCCUUUACCCGUCCCUCUCCGGCCCGUGUCACCCGACUCCCCGUCUGGACAGCGAGGGGAGCACGGACAGCGAGGCAGAGGAGCAGGUGCGGACACACCCAGACCCUCAGCAGCUGUACGGCAGCAUGGUGUGUGCUGAGGCACUGGAUAACUAAAGCUAGGAGGAUGCAUUAUGGUUUUACUGGAUUUCUUUUAGCCAACAGAAAAGAACAGCUAUUGUAAAACUGGUACUGUAUCAUCCAAUCCAGUCCUCCUUCUCCUCGGCUUUUCCAGUGUUAACCUGUAACUUGAUGCAGACACAAUGGCAUUGAUUGGUCCUCUUCUGAUCAUCACUACCCGCCAUCUCCGCUCCUGUUACUGUCUCCCCACACUGUUCGAUCUAGUGUCCCCUAAUGAAGAGGUAAUGUAAAACCUCUCUCCUUGUUCCCAUGUGUAACUGCGCCAGAAACUGUCUGUCAAAAUACAUAUUCAUCAAAACAUAUGACACAAACAAACAAACAGGAGUGAGACUGUUAUCGCUGCUCCAGAACAACCACUGGACCUGAAUCUGUGACCUUGAAAAGGAGUGAAGGUGGGUAGACGUACAGAAGGUAACUCUGCCAUCUCCCCAUGGACUAAGUAAUAGACACCUGACACACUGUAUAGUCGGUCUACCCGUAUAUAACUCUCCACCCUGAUUGGUUCAGGUAUAAAAACGCCCCUCUUUUCCCUUUUUAUGCUUCUCAUUAGAAAGACUCACACAGAAAAGAACUUCUAUCAGCCAUCAAUUUACCUCUCACUAGACCAAGUGUUUAAAAUCAAACUACAAGGUGAUGAGUAUGCAGUGUAGGAAUAUGUACCUAUCAAACUGUAGAGGUUUCACAAGAUGGUAUUCAUACAUGAAACAUGAACACUGUAACAUACCUGUUAUGUGUGUCGUUCGAAUCAGUUGAUUGAAUAAGCCGAGCAAAAACAGCUCAUGUCAAAACAUAUUCAUCAAAACCCACUGAAAAUGAAAGAAAAUAAGAGUUGCCAAAUGUAUUUUUUGUUUUUGAUUAUUUAUAUGUUGUAAUUUAUUUUGAUAUUUUUUAUUUUUUUAUGAAUCUAUAUGAAACUAUAGGAGUGUAGAGAAACCGACAGAGGCCAAACUUUCCACACAGUCCUUUGUGCCAAUUAGUCGCCUGUGAGUGUUUCAGAGAUUGAAAAUUUGCUGCUAUGAUUUUGGAUUGACAACUUUCAUUUCCUUCUUUUCUUUUUUUCUUUUUCUAUCUUUGUGAUCUGAACACGUAACCUCCUGUUUACUCUGCCAUUGUUUACCUACAGUAGAUAACCACUUUGCAGGCUCAUCACAUCUGAAGACUGAGCAGUUUCACUAUAUUUAUCCAAGCUUUAUCAGUGACUAAUUUACAAUGAUGGGAAUCAUUUCUUUUUUGCUAAACCAAGUGUUAUCAUUACCAUAUGUUGCCAUUAAAGGAAUAGUUUGAUCA